AUGCCAGAGACUUUACAAAAUUAUCAAUCGUUUCCGUAAGUAGAAGUUAUUUCAAGUGAUUAAUAACUGGGGAAUCUCUAGGAUGCAGCGGAAUCAUAGAGAUUAUACUCUCAUGAGGUAUUUGUAACUGUGUUUCUCUGCUGGCUGAGAGUGUCUGUGGAGAAGCAGUGACGAAGCAGCUUGUGAAGCAAAUUAUUGCAAUUUUUUCGGCUCUGUUAAAUGAUUCGAGGUUAAUCUGUUUAUAUUUUUUAUUUCUGCAGGAACAUGGACCAGGAAGCACCAGCUGGUGAGACUUAUAUGAUGUGUUUUUAGAAAUGGAGUUGUGUUUUAUGUUUGAUGAUUUGGCACAUCAGAGUGAAUGAUAAAAUCAGGAGCUUAAAGAUCACAGUUGUGCAGAUAUUUAGUCAAAUAUGAUAACCUCGACAACAGACUGCAUGUUUUUUAUUAGUUUGUUAACCAAAUUACACAGCAACUUAACUAAACCUGCACUAUUACACAACACAACAAUGUUUUUUUUCUGCCCUCUUUUUACUUUCUGUUUCACGAGUUAAUCUGUAUGUGUCAUUUAUCUCAAUAAGAGUCUGUUGAUGUUUAACUUAAUGGUCUUGGUGAUUACAGGGGUGCUUUUUGACAGCAGGAUCCAGAAUCUAAAUUAAAAUCAACUCUAAAUAAAACUCAGAGCUGAUGCAAAGACAUAUAGAAGUCAUAUUUCUUGUUUGUUUUAAUGGUAAAAUAUGUCAGAAAAUGUUGACAGUGUGGUGGUAUUGAGCUGCAUUUUGAAAGACAUUUUGAGAUGGAAAGGUGGCCUACAUAAUGCAGAGAAAUGGGCAGAGUAGUUAGUUCUGCAGCCUCUACUCUUUAUAUGUAUAACUGCUUUAGAUUAAAAAGACAAGUUUAUGUAGCUAAGCAAACAAGCCAGCCACUGUUGAAGGCUGAAUGUGCAGUGCUGUGUAAGUUCACACUUAAAGUUAGUGAGCCCGAAGUACAGUUAACAAGGUUUAAAUGAACUAAUUCACGUUCACUUUUUUUAGCUGAGCUCACCUGCAAGCUACUUUCAGGUACACCUUAUGCACUGAUCAGUUAUUUUGCAAGAUUAUUCUCUCUAAUGAUGGUUUCAAUUAAACAAAAACUUCCCUUUUCUAUCUUUAGUGAAGUGGAAAAAGUUCUAUGUACACCUGUCAGGGAAACCCAGCGGGGCCCAUCUUCCCAUGGUUACCGAUUUGAAAAGACGGGGCCAACGUGAGGUGUCCAUUCCUGAAGACAGCGACUACAUUCUGCUGUUCUGUGUGAUCUCAUCACGAGUUGGAACUGAUGUCGGCGAGGCUCUGGAAAACGCUCCACGUAGGUGAAAGGUUUGGUUGAUGCUCAUGGGGCAAACAAUUGAAUUCAGGAGUGACCGUCAAAUGAUGGUUAUUUCACCAUCUUUUUAUGCAUCUGUAUCUUACCUUUAAACUGAAGAGUAAAUUGAAUCAGUUGAUAGAUUUUUGUAUCCAGGAUGUUGAAUAUUUUGUGCUUUAAGAUUGUUCUGCCACUCCCAAGUGCUCCUAUGAGCUACAGAUCAAUAAGAAUCACUCAGCCCCCCGACUUAAAUUUCAUCCUGUACAGACUCAUUUCAGAUGUAAAAUCUCUGUGCUUACAGGCGGCAAAAAAGUGAUACUGGUGGUGAUGCAUCACACCUUUGAUCGUGAUUACAUCACAGCUGAGAGCAGAAGAUUGGUGGACGACCCAAAUGUUGUACUGGUUGUGGACUGUUUGUUCCAUGAGGGACAACUGCUGCAGUGUGACCGCAAUGACAUCGCAUUGCAUGACAUCAAGAAAUUCCUCGGAGUGAGGGAUACUGUCCAGGUAAAGCUGCAUUCACUGGCCUAACUAAAACAAACUAACAAGCACUAAUAUCAUGAAAUUUUGCAGUUUAAUAACGUUAAAUCUGUUUUUUUUUUUAUUCAAGUCUGUCUUGCAGAGACCCACCAUUACUAACUGUAAGUUUGAGUUCACUUGUAUAUUUCAUUGAGAUAGUUUGAGUGAUUUGUAAACAUUUAUGUCUAUCUGAUUUUAAGUUUUGUAUUUUAGUUCUGAAUGUUUUCAAAUAACUCUUAAUCCUCCUUUUCUUCAUUGUAGGGCUCUGGACCAAUAAGAGGACGGUGCUCAUCUUUGCUGUCGUCAUUUGCGCAGGAGUGGUGGUGCUUCUAACUAUCUUGGUUUUGGCCGGAAAAAAACAUAAAGAUCCAUAA